CCCGGGGCGGGGAGGCUGGGACGCCCGGGCUCCGGGUUCCCGGUUCCCGCCUGGCCGCCGGGGUGCUGGUGCGGGUUGGGGUCGAGCUGCAAGCCCCAGGUACAGACGUCUCCAAGGCGGGACCCGCCGAGGGUGCAGAACGCCGUGGCUCCCCCAGGGCUGGCUCCCCGGCUCUGCGGGCAAGCGCGGAGUGGAUCCCAUUCUGUCGCCCAUCCCGGCCGCGGUGGGGACCUCCGGAGAACGAGGAGCUGGGGCGCGGCGACUGCAACGCACUCACGGGAACGACGAGUCAUUUCAACUUUGGAGCAUCUAAGACUACAGUUGUGGAACCCGGCUGAAAGCAAUAGAAAGGGGAGGAGCUGGACCAUCUUUCAUUUACUCUCAUUUAAAAGGAAUUUGAAGAGAAGAUAAAAUGGCAGAGCUUUGAGGUUAAUAUUCAGGAUGAAUGAUGAUAAUUCAGAUAGGACAGAAGAUGGAUUGCGUUAUGUAUUUAUCCGAGAUAAAAACUCGAAUCCAUGUGAAUACUACCAAACAUCACCAUCUGCCCAGUGCCCUUCAGUGAGUCACGGGGAUUGGAACUCUGACAACCCAGAUGCCAUGGUGGUCGAUUAUGAAAUGGAUCCUGCGGUGGACAGUAGUGAAAGUGUAUCUUUAAGCCAUCAGUGUGUUGAAGAACUUGCUUAUCCAGAGCCUUCAAGUGAUUUCAUGGGGAAGCAUGAGUUUGCAAUGUACAGUGAGCUUACUUGCCAGUCUCCUGCACUUGUAAACACAGGGAAGCUCCAAGACCUGCACAGUAACUUUGAUUCCCUAGAGGCAAUCCAGGAUGAGAAGUUUGAUCCUCCUAAGCCCUUUGCGUGCGGGUCUGAUGACGAUUAUGCUUGUGGAGACUCCCCUGAAAUUUUGGAUCUAAAACAAACAUAUGGCAUGAAAGUGGACAAGGCUAACUGCACCUUUAUAGCUCACCAUGCUAUUGAACAGGGUCAGCCUUUGCAUGCUCCUGGAGGUUUGCAGACAACAGUGAGAGACAGAAAUGCUUUGUCCUGCUCUGAUCAGACACCACCCCAUUCCUCUAAGAUGUGUGUGAGAGGGAUUCAUUAUAAUAGAGAGAACUUUGAAAACCUCCAAGCCGCACCAUCCAAGACCCUAAACACAACCUUUACAGUGAUCUCUGAUGUGCUGAUGCAAACUGACAGUCCAGACGUUGGAGUUCAGGGCCAGAAUUCUUUAGGAAAUGUCACCAAAGAGUACACAGAUGGGACAGGGCGAGGACUCAUUGGAGAAAAAGAGAUACAAGCUGUGACACUGGUUUCGGGUGGCAUGGAGGUCCCCAAUGGGUCUGCAUCACAGGAGUUCUAUUGUGUAUCUGAAGAUGACCCAAACAGUGAGACACAUUCACACGGCCCGUAUGCUCAACAGGAAAUGGGCCAAAAUUUAAGAGGAACACUGCCCGACUGUCAUGUCGAUGGUGAAUGCCCAGUACUGGUGCCAGCUUUUGAGAAGAGUAAAACCAGAGUCCUGGGCUCUGAGUGUAAAGUCACUGUGACUGAAGACCCACACAUCGAUUCCCACGACAAUGACUCAGACAUCCAAAGUAGUACUGAAGAGCUGACCCUGAGAAGUGUCUCAGGGCGGAGGGGUUCAUCUUAUGAAAUGGGCUGGGGUGAGAACGGCGGAGCCAUUUGCACAGAUAACACAAGUUGCAUGUCAACACCAGUUAAGCAACCCCCCAAUCUGAGCUUCAGACUUGAACCUGCUGAAGUGAAGAAGUACAAUAAUAUGGAGAAUGGACCAAGAGAUGCUAAAAGUGCACCAAACUUGAAAGGGGAACCAACAAAUAUGCCAAAACCUAAUCUUGGAAAAUCAGCUACCAAAACAAAUACCACUGUAGGCAGUAAAGUCAGGAAGACAGAAAUUAUAAGUUAUCCCACACCAAACUUCAAAAAUGUUAAAGCCAAAGUUAUAUCCAGAUCAGUGUUGCAACCCAAAGACACUUUCCUAAUGAAGGACACACCCAACCCUCAGGUAACAGGGGGCUCUUCACCGGCACCAGGGCCUUCUAAACAGUUGACAGUGAUGAACAAAGCACCAAGAUCUGACUUGAAAGCCGGCAAAAAAGCAGAAAUCCCAAUUAACAAGACACACAAGCAACAGUUUAAUAAACUCAUUACCAGCCAGGCUGCGCAAGUUACAACUCAUUCUAAAAAUGCUUCGCUCGGGGUUCCAAGAACAACAUCUGCCGGGAAACCGAAUCAGGAGAAUGUUGACAAGACAGGUUCUCCUCAUGCAGGGAGUGAGACCGGGUCUGUAGCUGCCUUCUUCCAGAAGAUCAAAGGCAUUCUCCCCGUGAAAAUGAAAAGCUCAGAGUCUUUGGAAGUGACUUAUGUUUCCCACAUCGAUCAGAUUAGCCCUGAAAAGGGUGAGCAGGACCCUGAGGCUCCCAUGGAAAAGCAAGAGCUGGGAAAACAAGCCACGAAUGAGACUUUUGAAUCAAAGUCUCUAUUGGUGGGCUCUGCACCCAAAACUUCCACCACGACAGGAAGGAGCAGUUCCAAGCCAGACUCGCGGAGCCUGAGGAAAACACCAGGUCUAAAAGCCAAAGUGGGGCCCACUGCUGCCUGCCUGAGGAGGAAGAGCGAGAGUAGAACCCUAGGCACCGACAGGGCCUUAUCGCCUCAGAGGAUCAGGCGCGUGUCCGGCUCUGGUGGUCAUGCUGCCAUCAACAAAUAUGAAGAGAAACCUCCCAAACAAGCAUUUCAGAAUGGGUCAGGACCCUUGUAUCUGAAGCCUUUGGUACCCAGGGCUCACUCGCACUUGCUCAAAACUUCUCCAAAAGGUCCUUCAAGGAAGAGUCUAUUUACAGCUUUUAAUUCAGUUGAAAAGGGCAGGCAGAAGAAUCCCAGGAGCCUGUGCAUCCAGACCCAGACAGCUCCAGAUGUGCUGUCCUCCGAGAGAGCCCUUGAGUUGGCCCAAUACAAAACAAAAUGUGAAAGCCAAAGUGGAUUUAUCCUGCACCUCAGACAGCUUCUUUCCCGUGGUAACACCAAGUUUGAAGCCCUGACAGUUGUGAUCCAGCACCUCCUGUCUGAGCGGGAGGAAGCACUGAAGCAACACAAAACCCUCUCUCAAGAACUUGUCAGCCUCCGGGGAGAGCUAGUUGCUGCUUCAAGCGCCUGUGAGAAGCUAGAAAAGGCUAGGAAUGACUUACAGACAGCGUAUCAAGAAUUUGUCCAGAAACUAAACCAGCAGCAUCAGACCGACCGGGCGGAACUGGAGAACCGGCUGAAGGACUUAUACACCGCAGAGUGUGAGAAGCUUCAGAGCAUUUACAUUGAGGAGGCAGAAAAAUAUAAAACUCAACUGCAAGAGCAGUUUGACAACUUAAAUGCUGCCCAUGAAGCCACUAAGCUUGAGAUUGAAGCUAGCCACUCGGAGAAAGUGGAAUUACUGAAGAAGACCUAUGAAACCUCCCUUUCAGAAAUCAAGAAAAGCCAUGAAAUGGAGAAGAAGUCACUGGAGGAUCUGCUCAAUGAGAAGCAGGAAUCACUGGAGAAACAAAUCAAUGAUCUGAAGAGUGAAAACGAUGCUUUGAACGAAAGGUUGAAAUCAGAGGAACAAAAGCAACUGUCAAGAGAGAAGGCUAAUUCAAAAAACCCUCAGGUCAUGUAUCUGGAGCAAGAACUAGAAAGCCUGAAGGCUGUGUUAGAGAUCAAGAAUGAGAAGCUGCACCAGCAGGACAUGAAGCUAAUGAAGAUGGAGAAGCUGGUGGACAAUAACACAGCAUUGGUUGACAAGCUGAAGCGAUUCCAGCAGGAAAACGAGGAGUUAAAAGCUCGCAUGGACAAACACAUGGCAAUUUCAAGGCAACUUUCCACCGAGCAGGCUGCGUUGCAGGAGUCCCUUGAGAAGGAGUCGAAGGUCAACAAGAGACUGUCCAUGGAGAACGAGGAACUUCUGUGGAAACUGCACAACGGAGACCUGUGCAGCCCCAAGAGAUCCCCCACCUCCUCGGCCAUCCCUUUCCAGUCCCCCAGGAAUUCUGGUUCCUUCUCCAGCCCCAGCAUCUCACCCAGAUGACGGCUUCUGAACGCAGGAGACUCUCUGAAGGCACUGAGGCGCGCUUCUGCGGGACUGACCCUCUCAUGGGAACUCAAGUUGCUGUGUUAGCUGUCUGGAAUGUCCCCAGGAUAACGGGAGAGCAGCCGCCAACCGUAUCAGCGACGUACGAAUAGAGAGCUCCAGAAGGAGACUUUUAACUUGGUCCAAAAGCCUCCUCCAAAAACAGAUUUCGGAACUGAAGUGGACAUAGUUGCACAAAGCACUUACGGAACGAGGGAACCUUGUUCUUUGCCUUCCUUCACCUAAGCAUAGGGGAAAACUCUCAGGGCCCUAUUAAGAUAAAGAUUUAUAACCUUUAUAAUGUUCUUCACCAGAGACACCUUCUUGUGAUUUUUAUUUUGGUCUGACUGUGGGUAAGGGUGGGUGUGUGUGAGUGAAAUGGGUGUACCGGUAUGUCACGUGACUGUCAAUAGCCCCAUCCCCUGCUGUGUAUUAAAAGUCAACAGCUGUAUAUAGCUGGGCCUGUAUUAACCAAGUCAUAAUCAGCACACGAGCGUCAACAAAAACCAUAGAAGAGAAAGCAAUAGUGCUUGAAUUUCCCCACAACUCAUCUCAGCACUGUGACACAGCAGGGCUCGGGCAAGACAGGAAAAGCCGUUGGUUUCUUGAUGGCUGUACAUUUAUUUUUCUGUUGUUAGUUUUUCCAUGUUCGGCAUUAUCCGUUGAUAGCAGUUUUUUUUUUCCCCCUGUAGAUUUUCACGAACCUAAUUGCUAUACUCUGAUUCAUUUUCUCAGGCUAUGAGCAAAUGUAGUUCCCUAAUUUUUCUAAAUACAAAUCUGUAUAAAGAGUAAGGGGGCAGUACCAAUGGAGGUUUCUGAUUAUUUUUUCCUUUGGAUCCAAGCUAGCUUCAUAGAGCUAAUCUUCCGUCUUCCCUCCUGUUGUUCUAACCUCCGCCUUUCCUUCUCCUCCAUGUAGAGCCACGGAAGCAAAGCUCCCUCCUUCCUAACCACAGAGUGUGCUUUUCCAGGGCCAGUUUAUCUUAGAGGUGCUGAACCUGUUUCCCAAAUAAGCUAAGCUCUGGUUCUGACACUACAGAAUUUUGGAAACCCCAGGGAAAGUCAGUAAAGGCAUUUUAGCAUGUACUAAUCCACACGCGCACAGAGUUAAGCCAACAGUUCUGUGUUGAGUAGACCCAAGAGCGGGAAUGCUGACUUGGGCCCCUCUGAGCAUUCUUCCAGCCAUUGGAAUGGAGCAGAGUGGCCAAAGAGCGCGAAGUAUGGCUUCUGCAGCUCCUUCACACUGCAUUCAAAAUUCAGAUCUUCACUUACCAUCUCCCUAGACUCCAAGGCUCUGUGAAAGUUGUGACUCCCCACCACCCAACCCACAAACUUCCCUGUGCAUGCCGGCAUUGCGAUGUCAGUAUUUACUAAUUCAUGGUCAAUGCCGCUCAAAUAACCCCUAUAGCGAGGGCAGGUUCAGGAUACUAGAGGUGGGUAUGUGAGUCAUCCUAGACUUCUGCACUACAGAGCUGAUAGUCACGAUGCAUGCUUUCUAUUAGGGGUUGUGUUUGAAGUCUCUUAUCUCCAAUAGUUUAUGACAUAUGUAACCUACCAUGUUUGCUCCCGAUAAAUAGGAAUGAUUGCAGCUUCACUGCCACCUCCUGGAAUAGCUCUGCUCCUGGUCCCACGUUGUUCUCAAUGAUGUUAGCCAAAGUCAGGUUUGUCAUUUAUGCCCUAGUUAUGGUAAAGCUCAUGUGUUGACCUGCCAUCCCUCAUACCACGUAGAUGUCUGGGAAGUCAAAUCUUACAGCAAUUAAAAUGCCUAGAGAGCAUUUAAGGUUUUUUGUUUUGUUUUUUAAACCAAACAUUUUAUGUACAAUACAAAAUUGUUGACACAUCGUUUAAAAAAAAUGUGGGUGUGUGAACAACUGUAGUUUAUAGCAAUGGGAAAGUGUAUUUUACUUUGAUCAAAUAAAUAAUGCUGGAAUAUUCAAUGUAAGAAUGGCAGCCUCUGACAUACUUCACUCUUCAAAGCGUUCAGUUAUAUGCCCCCCUUCUCAUCCCUCCUUAGUUAAGGCAGCCAGGCGCCCUAUGCUAUUUUACAGAACUUAGAACCCAAUGCCAAAAUUUGUUGUGGCUGAAAUUGGCUCACAGAGCUCGAGUUUAAGAUUUUCAAAUUCAAAAUACAUGUAUCAGAGAACGAAACUUUGGCUAGUUUGAAUGAUUCUUCUGCAAGGCGAAAAGAAAAUUGGAACAGCUGUGGUCUUAAGUGUUUUUUCAAGACAGGUCUUAGCCAAAGCUGAAUCUUCUUCAGUCCAUUCAUCUAUGUUAUGUUAAAGGCUAAAGUGUUGAUAGUGCACAUGCAGUUAAUUUUGAAUUGAGGGGUUUAAAAUCAGUACUGAGUGUGGCAAUUUCAAUGUAAAAAGAUGUGAUUUUGAUACCUUUAUAAAUGAACUUGUGUUAGCUUUGAUAAAGUGGCAUAUCUAAGCA